UCGGAGGAAGAGAUUAUAGAGAACUUCCUAUUUAGUGUGGACCCAAGUUUCGGCAAGGAAGUCAAGGAAACCCGACCGAAGGAUGGGAAAUGAACUACGUACAAAAAAAAUCUCGUUGAGUUUUACAAAUUGGAGGAUAACAAGUACUCCAUCAAGGACCUUGAGACAAUGACUCAAGAUGAAGAUGAGAGCGUACGGGCAUUUGGGAUGCAUUUCCAGAAGAUCUCCGACGUGCUGAUAAAGAWGGGGAAGAUCUCAGAGGUCGAGCGCUGUACUAUCUUCAUCGGACACCUGUCCAAAGGUAAACAAAAGAGUAUACUUAGAGAUCUUCCGCGCGACAAGCUUGACUUCCCAGAAGUCCUAAAGCUCGCAAUAAAGGCAGAGGCAGACGAUUACAAGGACUUGGUGUGGAGAGGGAUGAGGAGACGUGACUUCUCUCUCUACAAGGAAUAUGCCACUGAWAGAUGUCCUGAUUUCAAGGACUAUCCCUGGUCGGAGAAAAAUGAAGUCGUCGCCGAGGAAGUGAAGAAGAUAAGGGACAUAGUAAAGGGAUUGACAAGACAGGUUACAGAGAUUGUGACCACCACAGGAGCCACGACAUACCGGGACAAGCCCGAAGGACCCUAUUCACUUCGCUGGGACCGGAGGAACACUGAUUCCUGGAGGAGUGUUGAGGAUAGAAAUCCUCGAACGCUGACUGAUUACCGUGCGAGGGAAAGGGAGAAAGACGAUGAACCAUGGCGACGUAAGGAUGAUGAGAUAGACCGGGACCGCAGGACUCGCGAGACGUAUGGGCGUGCUAGGAGACUGGAUGACUACUCGCGUAGCCCUCGCUAUGAGCCUGACGGGGGUAGAGGCGACUCUCGAGGCCGGUGGGAGUCGGAUCAGGGCCGGCGAGACGGAUACAGGGAUGGUAGAUAUGCGAGAUUGGACCGAGAUGGACGUAGGGACGACAUAUAUGAGAGAUCGGACCGAGAUGGACAUAGAGACGACAGAUAUGAGAGGUCGGAUCGAGACGGAUACAGGGGCGGCAGAUAUGAGAGAGGAGAUCGACCCGAUGAUUCACGCGGGCGAUACGAUCGAGGAGACCGACGUGAUGAUUCACGCGGGCGGUACGACCGAGGAGACCGACGUGAUGAUUCACGCGGGCGAUACGACCGAGGAGACCGACGUGAUGAUUCACGCGGGCGAUACGAACACGGAGACCGCCGCAAUGAUUCGCGCGGAAGGAAUGAGAGAGGGGGAUAUGACGCUUCUGCAGAACCGUAUCCGAAGUCCCCUGACCCUAGAGCAGCGAGAGGUUCGACCUCCAGAGGCGCAGACGACAAGCCACCCAUACCCAGGAACUAUUGCGUUUACUGUAGGGGGGAUGAUCAUAUCAAGAGAGAUUGUCCGGAUCUCAAACGGGCAAUAGAUGAAGGACUUGUCGUGCUUGAUGACCGCAAGUACGUCAAGUGGGCAUAUGAUCUAGGAGAUGUAUCGAUGUUCCCUUCGAUGAAGGAGAAUGUCGAAGCAAAGAGAGUAAAGUCGAGUAAAGGAAAGAAGUCGGUUAGGAGCCAGAGCAUCAAGAUAACUUUCGAAGGAGAUAUGGCAACCACACCCAUAAGGGUGGCAGCUACCAAGUCCGCGAGAGGGUCUAUAUCGAAGAAGACCGACACGGAUUACGUGAUGGCGGAGAAGGACGGACAGCGGAGCGAUGGAGAGGAGGUUAUUCUUUCGCCGCGAAAACGGGGAGUGAAAAAGUUUUUAAUGAAGAGUUCGCUGGAUGAGAUUGACACGGUCGAGUCACUGAGACGGGCCCUUCGGCAGCCCAUGCAGUGCUCUAUUCUGGAGUACCUGGCGGCAUCGAAGCCGGCUCGCGAUGAGUUACAGAUGAUCACGCGGAAGACUCGUAUACCUCUAUCAGAGGAGGCUCAGGGGGCCCCUACGGCGGAAACUCCUACAGUAGCAGUAACAAGGGUGACUGCCAGAGCAGAUCGCAUGGCGACAGUCCUUCUUGACGGGAUGGAAGGUGUGCCUCCAGACAAGUUUUACAUACUUGGUAGUGGGGCCGUGGAGGCGAUCAUAAACGACGGGGCGGUACUAGAUGCUGUGAUCGAUAACGGCAGUGAGGCUGUCAUUAUAGACGAGGAUCUGGCAGUACAGGUUGGACUGGGCCUCGAUAGGUCAUAACUAUUCGAGAUGGAGACGGCUGAUGGGAGAAAGCAACAGAUCA